AUUAGAUACAUUGCGAACGUUCUGCGCGCGAGGCUCCACCCGGCCAGACCCCGGAAGUGGUGUCCAAGGACUCGAAGGAUGAAGACAGACGGUAGUCGGUUGACGCGCCCGAGAACCGGGCUCGGCUCCGGCCCCCCACGGGUGGGCACGGCCACCCUCCGACCAGCAGGCUUCCAAGUGCCCAGGACCUCCGCCCAGCACCACCUCACCCCGAGAAUCCGGCUGCCAGCCGCGUGGCUGGAGAACAAGUUUCUGGUGCCGCCCCCCGGGGCCCGGGCGGGCCUUCCGAAACCGACCCUCCGCUUCAGCCAGCCCCUCGACCCCCGGCUGCCUCUGGGCCUGGGCGCCUGGAGGGGUGGUCCACACUCCCUUGCCCACAAACCAGACCCUCGGCAGCUAGAGCCGGGAUGCCAGCCCGAGAGCCGAGCCGAGGGCACCAUUGACAGCAGGGAGCAGGCCUGGGAGGUCCCGGCCGAGUUGCCUGAGCUGCUGCCCGCCUACGACCUGUCGAAUGAGGAUUACGAGGACCUGGUGCAGGCCCGGGUGGACCUGGCCGACGAGGAGCUGCAAGACGUUGCAGACCCCUCGCAGAACCGGGAUGCCGUGUUGAGGCGGAAGAAGGUGCAGCUCUUGAACGAGGUUUGCUGCUCUCUCAUCAAAGGGGGGAACCUCGCGGAGAAGGAGGAUGAAACCCGUGAAAGGCUGCAGGUCCUCUGCGAGGAGAUCGCGCAGCAAGAUCCUGAGUUUCUCCUGAAGGUUGCCCUGUACACACGGCAGGAACUGAACAUCCGCAGCACCGCCAACUUCCUGUUGGCGCUGAGCGCCUGGCUCCUGCCCUCGAGGCCUCACCUGCGCCGCUAUUUCUGCCAGGCUGUUCGGCUGCCUUCAGACUGGAUCGAGGUGGCACGGCUGUACCAGAGUUUGGCAUCGAACACCGGGAGCCUGGCCCCCUACCCCUCGUGUCUGCGGCAGUCUCUGUCCGACCGGUUUAAAGGGUUCGAUGAGUACCAGUUGGCCAAGUACAACAGCAGGAAGCAGCGCUGCAAGAACUGCUCAAAGAGACUGCAACGAUCCUCUCUGACUGCAAAUGAGACCAACCCAAAAACUCCCUUCUCUCUGAAGAAGCUGGUCCGUUGGCUGCACCUGAAGGAGCCAGCCUAUCACGUCAUGUGUCUGUUGGGUCGAAGGUACCCAGCUGACCUCCAGUCCUUUUCCCGCAGUCGGUUGCCCGGGCCCUGGGAUUCCCGCAGAGCCGGGAAAAGGAUGAAGUUUGAGUUGCCGGAGUCCUGGGAGAGGCAGCUCUCAUUGCAUGGCAACACUGCCGCAGUCUGGGAGCAGCUCAUAGAUCACCAGAAGCUCCCAUUCAUGGCGAUGCUGCGUAACCUGAGGAACAUGAUCGCAGCUGGCAUCAGCACCCCGCACCACAGCCAACUCCUGAGGAGGCUGACGGACAAGGACUCGGUCAUCCGUAGCCGGCAGUUCCCGUUCCGAUUUCUGGCCGCCUACCAGGCCCUGAAUGAAUUGCAGCGAAGGUUGGACGAGAAAGACGAGCCCCUGCCGACGAAAGCGGCCCUGGUCCAGAAGGCCCUGGAGUCUCUCCGUUUGCCUCGGAGACGCAUGCAGUUCCUUGCCCGCUCCAGGGCGGCACCCCUUCAGUUUCGCGGCAAACGCAUCGAGUUCGUGCACCAGUGGGCAACCAAGAAGUUGGAGGAUCUAAGGAAAAGCAGGAUUGUUCGGUAUGACCGUGAGAUACUGGAGAGGUACCGGCGGGCCUUGGCGGCGGCCGUGGAGAUCUCCGCCUCGCACAACAUGUCCCCGCUCCCGGGACGCACGGCUGUCCUGUGCAGCGUGAGCCACAACAUGACACAGCCUUGUGUCAGCGCCAAAGGCCUGUACGUGCCCAGGACCAGGACCAAGGAGGAGGAAGACCAGGCCCAGAUCAGGAGGAGCCCGAUGAUCCUGGACGUGGCCAUUCUGCUGGCCCUGAUGGCCCAUCACGUCAGUGAGCAUGCCCAGCUCAUCCUCUUCAACAACGACACCUACCGGGAGAUCCAGCUGGAGAGCGGCACGGUGCUCAGCAAUGUGGACCGAGUCCUGCAGGAGGCGAAGAGCCUGCAAGAAUCCGAGAGCGCCUCCUUUGAUGGACCCUCGGGGACGGUUGCCUUUAUGAUGGACUGCAUACAGAAUCACACGCCGAUCGACACCAUCUUCCAGCUUGACUGCUUUUACAAUUACAACAUCAAGGAGGCCGUACAGCUCUACCGUUACCACGUCAACCCCGACACCCUCUUCGUCCUGGUGCAGAUGUCAGCCUUUCACUGCAGCAUCGAAGACGAGGCGGACAGCAAAGAUGUGAUUUUGGGCGGUUACAGCGAACAGAUCUUACGGUUUCUGUGCGAGCGUGGCUCUGCACGUCUCCUGGAGCAUGUGGAGGGCAUCGAUGAAGUCUUCCAGCUGCCAAGGGCCCGGGGGGACAGGGGAAGGAAGAGGAGGAAGCUGGUCGAACCAAUGGCCUCGAACCCUCUGCUGCAGACUCCAACACUCAGGUGGAGAACCGUCAGAGUCUUUGUGUCCUCCACCUUCCGGGACAUGUGUUCCGAGCGGGAUCUCCUCAUCCGCUCCGUCUUCCCUGAGCUCCGGGCUCGAGCUGCCCGCCAUUUUGUCCGGGUGGAGGAGGUGGAUCUGCGCUGGGGCAUUACAGAGGAGGAAUCCCGCAGCAACAGGCAGUUGGAGCUGUGCCUCACCGAGGUGUCCCGCUGCCAGCUUUUUGUCGGGAUCCUGGGUGAGAGGUACGGACAGAUCCUCUCUGAGUACCCGCUGCCGGACCUGCCUCAGUUUGAGUGGGUGAAAUCGUAUCCGAGAAACCGUUCCAUCACGGAAUUGGAAAUCAUGCAGUUUUUGCGUCUUCAUGACAAUUCUCCUAGCGAACACGCUUUUUUCUACACCAGAGAUCCGGCCGUGCUGAGGUCCCUCCCAGAGACAUGGAUGUCGGAUUUUGCCUCCGAGUCAGAGGAAGCGAGAACAAGGGUCACCCAUCUGAAGGGCCACGUGAAGGAGGCUGGGCUGCUAGUGCUGGAAAACUACCGCAGCGAGCUGGGGGCCGACGUCUCGGGGAGACCCUUCCUGAAGGGGCUGGAGGAGUUUGGGACGAGCGUGCUCGACAGGCUAUGGAAGGCUAUCGUCUCUCAAUACUGCCAGGCGGACUGCAGCCCGGCGCCCGACGAAGACGCCUUCCAGGGGGCCUUCCGGGAGGCGCAGGCCCGGCAGCAUCACGGACGCCUCCGGCAGCUGGAGGGGACGGCCCUGUCCAUCCGGGACAGGCGGGCGGGCGGCCUGUUGGUCGUCCACGGCAAGCAUGGCCAGGGGAAGACGGCCUUCAUGGCCAGUCUCAUCACCCUGCUCUCGGGGGGCAGCGUGGAGCACAGCCCGGGGCGGAGCCACCUCCUGUUCCACUUCACAGGGGCCACCGAGACAGCCACAGACGCAGCCGGCACGCUCCAUCGCCUGUGCCGGUUACUGACAGCGCAGCUGAAAGACAGACAUGAGCCUCUGCCGCAGAGUUACAGGGGCCUUGUGCUGGAGUUUCACUCUCUCCUGGAGAAUUUUGCACACCGACACCCGCGCGGACACUUGAUCUUACUCGUCGAUGGUGCCGACUGCAUCCAGACCCGAAAUAACCAGCGAACGUCGGACUGGAUCCCCGAGACUGUGCCACAUAGGGUGACGCUGGUGCUGAGCGUUACGGAGGACUCCCCCUUGCACCAGGCCUUGGCCACGCGUAAGGGGCUCGUGCCCGUCCACCUUGGGCCCCUGGAGCCUCUGGAUCGCUCGGAGAUCGUCCGCCGCUACCUGGCCAUCUUUGGGAAGAAGCUGGAGGAAUCAGCCUUCAACAACCAGAUGAGGCAACUGGUGAUGAAGAAGGAAUCCCACAAUCCUCUCUUCCUGAAGCUAGCCAGCGACGAUCUGCGAGAGUUCGGGGUUUUUGAAAAGGUGUCGGACCAGAUCCGCGCUCUGCCGCCGACCCUGCGCGGGCUCAUCCAGCACGCUCUGGGCUGCCUGGAGCGGGAGCAGGGGCAGGAUGUGGUGACUGUUGCCCUCGGUGCGCUCUACGUCAGCACGAAAGGCUUGAGGGAGCGAGACCUUUACUGUGUUCUGUGCACGAGCCGUGGGCUGCCCACAGGAAGUGCCUCGCCCAGUUGGGAGGAAGUGAUGGAAGAGGCCGAGAAGCCACGCAGGCCUGUCCCCAUGGCCUCCUUCGCCCGGCUGAUGCGUAGCCUCCGGAGCAUCCUGGGGAUCUGGACCCCUCCGGCCGAGAUGCCGACCUCCCGUCUCCGACUCUCUGGUGCCCUCUUGCGGGCGGCCGUGUGCCAGAGGUAUCUGAGGGAUGCCAGGCAUGAGAGGCAGCUCCACCAGCUGCUGGCAGUUCACCUCUGGAGACUGAUCGACCCCAAGGGGAAUGGACUGUUCGCUAAAUGUGACCCUGAAGCGCUUUCUGACCUUCCGCAGCAUCUGAUCCUGUGUGGGCAACUCUCCCGUCUUGCCUCUCUGCUCACCAACCUACACUUCUGCCAUCUGCAUUUGCAACUUAAGCUGCUAGCUCAGCUCAACGUGACCUUCAAUCUUUACCGUGAGUCCUUGAAUCCUCCCCUCAUGACCCUGAGAAACCCCUCCCUCCCCACAGUCACUGCCUGA